GCCGGCACGUGGAAGGAUCUAUUCUUCGCAGCUCUUUUGCUUUCGUGGGCCUUGCCGCUGGGCGGCGUUGUGGUCUCUACCGAGGAAGGAGAGAUGCGUGGCAUGUCGAAGAGAGUCCUUGGAAAGGACAUUGAGGUAUUCCUCGGAAUCCCAUACGCAGUGCCACCGACCGGAGAUCUUCGUUUUCGCAAACCGCAGCCCCAGCCACCGUGGAAGGGAAUCUAUGAUGCAAUCAGUGUUAAAGAGGCAUGCAUGCAGCCCUGGUCUGCUGACAUACCAACAGCCCUGUCGGAAGACUGCCUCUACUUGAACGUGUGGACGCGAAAAGCGACAAGGAUGGCAAAAAAAGUACCUGUCCUACUGUGGCUGUAUGGUGGGAACUUUAAGACAGGUUCGGCUUUUGAUACAGAAUAUGAUGGCGGCGUGUUAACUGCACUACAGGAUAUCGUCGCCGUGUCAUUCAAUUUCCGAUCAGGAAUGUUUGGCUUUCUCGAUACAAACACCGAGGAGGCGCCAGGAAACGUCGGCUUGUGGGACCAACUUAUGGCUAUGCAAUGGAUUCAGCGAAACAUCGCAGCGUUUGGAGGCGAUCCCGACCUUGUCACAGUGGUAGGCCAGAGUUCUGGAGCCAUGGCUAUUCACCUUCAUAUGAUGUCACCUUUUAGUGUGGGACUCUUCCGUCGUGCAUUUUUUAUGAGUGGUACAGAAACAACUAACCCAUACGUCGACUCGGUGUACGAAAGCAUGACAACGGGAAACUCGGUUGCAGAAAUACUAGGAUGCGUCGAUGCUUUCCAGGACCUGACAACACACCCGGAAAAGGUGUUGAAGUGCCUACGAAGCAAAUCGGCCACGGAUAUCGUCGAAGCCACGGAAAACGCGACUGCGCCAUGUAUGUUAGCGUUUUUUCCAACUUUCAACACUGAGUUCAUACCGCACUUGCCAUCGAUUGCGUCCGAAAAGGGGCUAUUUCGAGCUGUUGAUGCUAUGGUUUCAGUUGUGGCAAACGAAGGAGGAAUUUUUUUCAUCAGGCAGUACGACGAACAGCUGCUACAGGAUGACUUGAGUGACUACGAAUAUACCGCUUUCCUUACUGCGUUGAACAAUACCUUUCGGAGAUGGCUCAAAAGGAAAAUCGUUCCUUUAGGCGAAGCUUACUUGAAAAACAGCAGUUCGACGAGCAAGGCCGGCAUGAGGCAAGCAACGGCUGACUUCAUUGCUAAGCACGAUUUUUACUGUCCAGGCAAAAUUUUCAGUGAAGACAACCCAGCGAACGGAGGUGACGUGUACGGCAUGGUGUUUGGUCAUCGGUCUCAAAAGUCAACUGAUCCAGAAUGGGUUUACGUUACGCAUAUAGAAGAUGUCCCGUACUUCUUUGGAAUUCCUUUCCUUGACCAUGGCAACUACACCGAUGAAGACCAGAAGUUCAGUGCAUACGCCAUGGAGAUCUUGGUAUCAUUCGCUCGAGAUGGGUAAGCGACUAUUUCAAUCUGCGAACUGUUGUUGGAUGCAUUUUUCUAAAUUGUAGAUGUAC